AAUGUCAUCGACGCAGUUCAUACCGUUACGAAAGUAAACAGGACCGAAUGUCUCCUCGUAUCUUGCUCCGGUUUUCAGUGUUGGCGCGCAUCCCCUUUCGCGCCGAAUAAGAAAUCGAACGUUCACCAAAAGUAAGUAUUAUUUAUUUAAAUGGUGCAUUGAAAUUGCACUUAGUUAAAGUACUUAAAAAAACUUUUAGAAAAAUACACCAAAAGGCGGUACAUAUUACUUUAAAGGACGAAAAGAAGAUUAAUAAAUACAUUACAGUUAACAUUGAUCAAAGCCAUCGGAGUUGGGUAAAGAAAGUCAUUCGUACGUACCUGAGUACGUCGCAGAACCGGCGAGAAGGCGGUUUGCCGCUCAGUCGAGCCGCAACCACGGAGCGGAGAUUUUGUGUGGUGUUUUGGUAUUUCGUGGUUUUUAUGAGAAAAGAACCAGGCCAGUUUCACUUUGUAAAACGCGACUUACCGCAAGAAAAACAUACAACGAUGCUUUUGAUUUGACGUUUUGCAUAAAAGAGAGUGAUAGAGUGACAGAAAGAGAGAGAGAGAGAGAGAGAGAGAGAAAGAAAGAGAAAGAGAAAGAGAGAGAGAGAGGAAAAAGAAAAGGGUGAAAAAAAGAGAAAAAGGAAUAUAAAAAGAAGGUUCGAAAAAUUCAUUCAUGUGGAAUAGUAGCUCUCACUUAUUCACGUCCGGCCAUUCGUUUAAUAUACCCAAUGAGUGAAAAGUGCGACGAUCGUAAACAAAAGCUUCGGUAAAAGGGUACGGUAAAAGGCACAAAAGGUGGUAAUACUUGUGACAUAUAUACAUACAUAUACAAAUAGAUACACACGGUGUACACACCGGCUUGGAGUAAAGAGGAAGGAAAAGGCAAGUCGAUCGACAGCGAGUGAGCGAAAAGAAAGUAGAAGGAGCUAAGAGGCUGUAACACGUUUUGAUCAACUCUGGACGAUCGACCAGAUCUGGAUCUGGCGCGUUUUGCCGGUGCACCACGCCGCGGGCCUCGUUUCUCUCUCUCUCUCUCUCUCUGACUCUCUUUUUUUCUCUCUUUCUCUCUCUCUCUCUCUCUCUCUCUCUCUGUCUCUCUCUUUCUCUCCCUUUCUCUCUGCAAGUAACAGUACUUCCUCGCGCUCCAUGGAGUAAGCCUCUCUCCGAAGAACGGGACCUAACGCUGCUGUGUCCGCUCACCAUACUCUCGUCGCGCCUCCCUCUUGUCCUCCCUGUCAGUUCCGUCUCGCCUCCCUCUCGAUUUCCCCGUGCCUCCCUCGCGGCCGCCUCGCGCGGUUGUAACGUAGCAGUCCGGCUGGUCGGGUCGAGAGGUUUCACGUAAAACCAGUCCUCUCUACCCUUUCCCUUCCUUUUUCUACUUCGAACGGAUCGCGAGUAGUUACUCCCUCCUUUACCGACACAAGCCUUCCGUCAACUGGCACCUGCUGACUGACUCUUCGAACUUCAUCUUCCUUUUGAUUGUCUUACAAACCCCCUUUUUCAUAUGUUUUUUUAUUGAUCCUUUUUCGGUUCCAAACGAAACACAGGGAUGUCCAUCUUUCCAUGCGACCUUGGACGUUGCAUGCAUUACCAAAACGAUCCUUCCAAUUCGUAAAUAAAAAGACAACAUUGCAUUUAUACGAAGGAAAUUGUUUUUGAUCAUUGAAGUUUUUGCUCGAUUGAGAAAAGAAAGUAGUCUUCCUUCUCAAGGUCAUCGUCAUGGAUUCAACGCGACUUUGUCACGUGGUUCAUCACAUUUUUAAACGAGAGUGAAAAAAAACUACCGAGUCCGAAGAUAGGGUAAGAGAAAGUAAAGUGGUAGGAAAGGUAGGAGAAGAGAUAAGAAAAAAAAAAGAGUAAAAAAGAGCUCCUUCUUUUCUUAGCGACAAAGAGAAGUCGCUUGAGACGAAACGGCGCGCGUAAAAUGAGCGAGAAACGUCUUGUAUGACGUUUAGAGCCGUUGUAACAACGAGAACGGCACGGGUAGAGUGUAAAAAGAAGCUUGCUCGUCUAUUAGCCGAGCGAAGAAGGCGUAAGCGAGUCGCGAAGGAGAGAAAGGAGGGAAGAAAGGAGGGAAGUUUACGCGGCCACUUUGAGUCCCUCUCUCGCCAUAACUAACUUCCUCGAGUGGCUCAUGAAGCUUUCUCAUUGUCAGUCGGGGCUCGCGCAAACUUUGGAAGAAACGCUCCGCGCAUUUUCCACUUUUCAAAUGACCGCAGCAAGAAGAAAAAUGGAUUAAUAUACGUGAAUCUAUGUCAAUUAUAUUUUUCGACGGAUAUAUUAUUAUAAUAAUAUAAAAGAGUUUUUGGAAAGUUUUUUGUUUUGUAUUUUUUGGCGAUCGAAAAAUAAAUAAUCGAUACACCUGUGAUUCACUGGAAUACAUCGAAAAACAUCUUGUGCAGUAGUAACGCCGCGCAUGCUUCAGAUCGACGUUUGUUUUUGUUUUCAAUCGUUUAUUCGAAAACUGUUUACGCGUCUAAUAUACGAUCUAGCCGUUAAAGCGAGGAAAGUGAUACACAGUUCGUCGUGAGUGCUCCGAGUGAAAGAGACGCUUUCCGCCUUUCUUUUUCUGUGUUUCGAAAAGAUCGAUCAGUGGCGGCGGCGUAUCGUCGAAGAGAAGGAGAACCGCCCUCCCUUUCAAAGACGACCUCGUAUUUACAAGAGAAGAAGACCGAACCAAGAGAGCCAUGAAGACCAUACGAGCAAGUGCUUUGAGGUAACGAACGAAGACUUUUGACUAGUCUCUUAAACAGUCUUUUUCCCCUUUGAAACUGUGUCACGAAACUCCGACAACAUCAUUUGCCUCUGGAUGGAUUUUUUCAAUUCUGCUAAGAGCCCAAUAGAGCGGUGUAGUAGUUUUGACGAAACAUCGAUGGACAGCUACUCGUUGAUGACGGUAACGGAAGAUAGGGUAAACGAUUUUUCAGAGGACGUAGUAAAGGACGGAAAUGACGUAGAAGUGACAUCAUUGGAAGAAGCGAAAUCAGUCAUAGCAACGCUUAGAGCAAAACAAAGGGCACAAGCACAUCAAAUGCUUGCUUGGCGGAGGACACUGAAAUUGCAGGAAGAACUUGUGGCGCGAUUAACAAGAGAAAAAGCUGAACAACUAUGCACGUUGUCUUCGCAACUAUUCCUCUUCGAAUCACGACUGUGUCGGAAACAGAAGGAAAUCGAGGCAAACCUUGUGCAGCGGGAAUCAAUUAUUCUCAGGCAACAAAGAGUGAUACGGCAAUUACAAAGUAGAUUAGCGGAUAGGAGUGGUACAGGUACGAGAGAUUCACCGCCAUACGAUGCUCUUGAUAGACUGGAUAGUUUGGGAGACAGCGAUAGCGCCGUCGUACUCGAAGAGGCCGCGGAUGACCCAGCACCACCAAGAUUUCGUUCAAACAUCACGGAUGUAACGGUUAUACGAUCGGUAUCCGAUGCAGUUGAACCAUCGAGCAAAUAUUCGUCAAUGCGAAGAUGCAAUGGUUUUCUUCGUAGGCCAGAGAUACUAGAAACCGUGUAUUCGGUAGAAGAAGAUGGCGACAGUGAAAGCAACCAGGAACCAUCUGAAUCUACGGAUAAUUACGAAUGCGAUGAGAGGCGGACGAAAAACUUGGGAAAUGGAAAAGGCAGAUUACAAGAGCUAUAUGGUAGCUUUGAAAGACUAGCACAGGAAGCUGAUCCUCUGGAAAAUGAAAGACCGAGAGACGAGAGUCAACAAGCUCAGGUGACAUACAAUAGAGUAAUGAGUAAUCACAGAUCGGUGACAAAGCCGAAAGACGUAAAAUAUAAGAGAAUAAAUAAGGCUAAAUCGAAGAGUUUAGAGGAACUUAGAGGACGACUGAGAAAUUGGGUAGAAAAAGGAAAUAAAAUAGCUAUAUCUUUAGAUCAAUCCUACGCUUGAACUUGUUACACGAAAGUAUUUAAAUUAUUUUUAUGAAAUUUUAUAAAUUAUUAUCACCGUCGACAGGAUAACGUCGAUAGGUCGGUCCUACGAAAUUGACUAUAACUCUUUCCUCCUUAAGCAGCACAUUAAAGCCCGCAUUAAAUCGAAAUUUCAUCCUUCCAUGUGAUAUUUAUUCUARUAUAAUAUAAUAUCGUGCAUAGUUAUGCCGAUAAAAUUGAUGAGAGGGAAGGACCGCUUAACAGAUAUAUGUGAUAUGAAUAGACAUGAUAGUCGCGUGAGCGCCUGAGUGUCUUAUAUUAUUAUAUGCAAAACUUUAUUAUUAUUUAACUAAUGAAAGUUAAACUCUUGAUAAAAGAACGAUCAUUAUGGUGUAUACAAUUUUUAACAAAUAAUCUCCCUCUUUCUCCUGUUUUCCUAAUUAGUUCCUAUAAUCAGUUCAAGCGCAUUCUAACAUGCGCCAUUUGAUGAUCUUUUUUCAUAGUUUAAAAUAUUUGAAAAUGUUAAAUCAAUUUUUCUUCCUUAUUGCUACCAAUGAAUCGCACUUAAAUGCAUUUAAUAUAUAAUAUUAUAAAGCAUAUUAUGAAUCACCGUAAAUCAAUCACCUUUGUCAAUUAAAAAUAUUACUGUGCAAUCAAUUAAAUGAGAAAAUAUUUAAUCAAAGGGCCUUCACUUUCCUAAAAUAAUAGGCUUAUUUUUAAUAUGAGCGAUAUGAGUUUUUCUUAUCUCAUUCUAUACAAUUUGUAUUGAUAAUUAUAACUUUAACUUUAUAUACAUAUUAUAAAAAAUGAAUGAUGCAUUACGAUAUAUAAUACUACAAAGUCUUUCCAUUUACAUUUCGAAAUAUCAGAUUCUAAAUGUAUUUCUGUCAUGAUUAAUUAAUUUUGUAUCACAUCAUACGUAUAUCUUUUAUGACUUGUAUUGUUUCCAUUAAUAAGUAAGUAAUUCUAUCAGUCUGUAAAAUGUAUAUUUUACGUCAUUUUAUUUAAAAUGAUAUUUAAAAUCAUAUAUAUAUAUAUAUAAAAUUAUGUGAUCCUUCAAGUUUAUCACCAUAUUUGGUGUUCGUUUCAUAAAUUAUAUAUUGUUCAAAAUAAGGGUACAAAAAAAAACUUCUGACAAUCUGCGCUUUAAGAAAAAUAUACGAUAUUUAACUAUCCGCUUGUACAUAAUUGUGAAUGUAUUAUUAAUUUAACAUAUUAAUAUCUCUUUCAAUGUUAUGUAUAUAGAUAUAUUCUCCAAAUUUUUAAUAAUGUAAAUUUGAGUUUUAUGUUCCUGCUGGCUAUUAGCCAUUAAAAAAAAAAAGCGCGCGCUCGCACAGGUGUACCGUUAUUAUCGAAAUCUUAUUAAUGUUAUUAAAAAUAUAAAUGUAAAGAAAUUUACUAAUAAUAAUAA